AUGGCACCUGUUGGUGCCGCGCUCUGGCGCUCCCUCCGCGCCCACCAAGUAUACGGGGCGAACACUGACGUCGGCAAGACAAUUGUAUCAACAUUUCUUUGCAAUGCUGUUAAUCGUCUGAAAAAUCAAGGAAAGUCGGCGUUUUUGAAGCCGGUCUCGACGGGGCCAUUGGAUGAAGCGGAUGACAGGCACCUGCAACGCCAUGCUCCCAACACUUUGACAAAAUGCCUCUAUCAAUUUGAUGAACCCGUCAGCCCACAUAUCGCAGCUAAGACGUUCGCUAUUCCUCGAGAUGACGAGAUCCUUUCCUCUGUCCACAGGACCCUUUCCGACUGGGCCAACGACGGAGUCGGGUUCGCUCUGGUAGAAACGGCCGGUGGUGUUCACUCGCCGGGCCCCAAUGGGAACUCCCAGGCCGACCUCUACCGACCUCUUCGGUUGCCCAUCAUCUUGGUCGCUGACUCCCGUCUUGGGGGAAUCUCAUCCUCUAUAUCCGCCUACGAGUCUCUCUUGCUCCGCGGAUACGAUGUCCACUCCGUCCUUCUAUUUAAGGAUGACUACUAUCAGAAUCAUGAGUACUUGGGGAACUACUUCCGGGGCAAGAGCAUACCGCUUGUCCCGGUGCCUGCACCGCCUCGGCGUCCGCAAGAGCAAGACCCCGACUCGCGAGCUCGCGAUCUGGAAGCGUUGGACAAGUAUUACAGCUCAGUUACAAAAAGCACGGAUGUGGUCUCGCUCCUAGAUGAGCUUGUUUUGAAAAACAAGCAGCGUGUCGAAUACCUCGACGAGAUGGCAAGCCGAGCACAGAAGACAAUCUGGUAUCCAUUUACGCAGCACCACGGCAUGGCGGCAAAGGAUAUCACUCCCAUCGAUUCCGCAUACGAUGAUUUCUUCCAGACUUACGUGACUGCGGAUCGUUCGGCACAACAAGGCAGACUCCAAGCCACGUUCGACGGAUCCGCAUCGUGGUGGACACAGGGACUCGGUCACGGAAAUCCCGGCCUUGCUCUAUCUGCUGCGUAUGCCGCAGGACGUUACGGGCAUGUAAUGUUCCCCGGGAACAUUCAUGAGCCGGCUUUGGCGUUGGCGGAAUCGCUCUUGAAGACUGUGGAUAACCCUCGCCUACAGAAGGUCUUCUAUACAGACAAUGGCAGCACAGGUAUGGAGGUAGCUCUCAAGAUGGGCCUCCGCGCUGCGUGCGACCGGUAUGGCUGGGAUGCAAGCAAAGAACAGAUCAACAUUCUCGGCCUCAAAGGGAGCUACCAUGGCGACACGAUCGGGGUUAUGGACUGCUCAGAGCCGUCGACCUACAAUCAAAGAGUUGAGUGGUACAGAGGCCGGGGUCACUGGUUUGAUUUCCCUCUGGUAAAGAUGUCCCAAGGGGUCUGGCAGGUCGAGGUCCCCGCAACACUGCAAGCGUCGCUUGGCGGGAACCAGCAGUUCUCAUCACUGGAUGCAGUAUUUGAUGUAGAAAGCAGGGUCCGCUCGGAUGCUGGACAGCGCUACAGGAAGUAUAUACUAGAGACCAUUGAGCGCCUGGUUACUCAAGAAGGGAAGAAGUUUGGCGCCCUAAUUAUGGAACCUAUCAUUCUAGGAGCCGGCGGAAUGCUCUUCUGUGAUCCCCUGUUCCAGCGAUGCCUCGCCGAUGUCGUCCGCGGUAACCCCCAGCUCUUCAACCGAGGCCGGUUGACAGAACCGCAGCCGCAGACCGACCUCUCGUGGUCCGGUCUCCCCGUCAUCUUUGACGAGGUUUUCACGGGCCUCUACCGUCUUGGCCGUAAAUCCUCUGCGUCAUUUCUAGGUGUCAACCCAGACAUCGCUGUCAACGCAAAGCUCCUUACCGGAGGCCUGGUGCCGCUCUGCACUACCCUAGCCAGCAACGAAAUCUUCAACGCGUUUACAAGCCCGGAGAAGCGAGAUGCGCUCUUGCAUGGGCACAGCUACACCGCGCAUGCGGUCGGGUGCCAAGUAGCCCUUGAUUCCCUUCGGACAAUGAACAAUAUGGACGAGGACGGAUCCUGGAACGACUUCAAGAACGACUGGAAACAACCCCAUGCCGGCGACACCGCCCGGGUCUGGAGCGUCUGGUCCCACAAGCUGCUCCACAACCUUUCCCACGCCGAAUCCGUCGAUGGCGUCUUCGCUAUUGGUAGCGUUCUCAGCAUCUCUCUGAAAGAUGCAGAGGGUGCAGGCUAUACAUCCACUGCGGCUAAGGGCCUUCAGACAAGAUUAGCGGCUGGUGGGCCGCAGUUUAACGUCCACUCUCGGGUCCUCGGGAAUGUGCUUUACUUGAUGUCAAGCGUGACGUCCAAGCAGGAAACACUGCGGACAAUUGAGGGCAUCCUGCGCGAGGCGCUGCUGUAA